AACCGUUGAUUCGUGUUGACUGAAAUUCGGAUACGUUUCGAAGAUUUUUGCAAAAUUAAUAUAGAAAAUUUAUACAUACAUAUAUGUGUACUUUAAUAUUAAUUAUUAUAACGUGUAUAUAAUAUAUUGACACCCAAAUUAUUGAAAAUAUAUAAAAGAAUAAUAAUAAUAAAAUAAUAAUCAUAAAUAGUUUGGAAUUGAGAAUUUCAGUAAUUUAAUUUUAUUGUAUAAUAAUAAAACUAAAUUGAUUUUUAAUGCUAUAAAGUGUUUGGUAUUUUUUUUUUAGAAUUUCUUAUGAAAAAUUAUUACAACAAGAAUAAUACAAAAUUUAUCAUAAAUAAUAAGUUAUAAUUAAAAAAUUAAGUGAAAAAUAUAAUAAUAAUAAUAAAAUGGGGCAUAUAGAUGAAAUAAAGAAUUUAACAGAAAAUUUUCUUGAGAAAAAAGGACGAUUUCAAAUAUUUUUAAUAAUAGUUUUAGCAUUAAAUAGUAUGUCAGUUGGUAUUAAUCAUACAAUAACAUCAUUUUAUACAUAUAAACCUAAUUUUUAUUGUGCUGAUGAUGACGAAAGUUUAAAUUCUACUUGUACAAUAGGCAAUACAACAAAUGAAUGUCAAACAUAUUCAUUUGAUCCUACAGAUGAUGAAACAAUUGUUUCUGAGUUCUCAUUAGUUUGUAAAAAUGAAUAUAUUGGACCUUUAACAAAUACAUUGUAUUUUGUUGGUGUUACAAUUGGUUCACUUUUAUGUAAUAUGCUGUGUGAUAAAUUUGGUCGAAAAAAAGUUGUUUUAACUUGCAUGUAUUCAAUUAUAUUAUUAUCAAUAUGCGUUUAUUUUGGAAAUAGUCUAACAUUAUUCAUAAUAUUUCGAAUUGUAUUAGGAAUAUUUGUACAAGGAUUACAAACAUGUACAUACAUAUUAAUUAUGGAAUAUUCCCCAUCAAGAAAUCGUACAGCUGCAGCUAUAUUUUGGGAACUUAAUUGGACUUUUGGUUUAAUGAUUUUGGGUGGCGUUGCUUACAAAAUACAUUCAUGGAGAGUUUUAACAUUAGUUAUGACAAUACCUUUAGUUUUAAGCGUUAUAUAUAGUUGGCUAAUUCCUGAAUCAAUAUCAUGGCUUUAUGUUAAUAAUAAAUAUCAUGAAUGUGUAAAAGCUAUUAAAUCUAUGGCAAAGAAAAAUCAAGAUACAGCAACUAUGGAUGCAUGUAAUACAGUAUUAAAAAAUUUAGAAAAUGAUAUAACAUUAACUAGUUCAAUGGAAAAUUAUAAUACUGAAGAUGGACCAAAAUCAUCAACUGGAAUUAUGGACGUUUUAAGAAGUUUUAUUCUAAGAAAACAUUUAAUUAUAAUGAUAGCAGUUUGGUUUUCAGUAACGUUAUCCUAUUACGGAAUUCUUUAUUAUUUACCAAAUCUAACUGGCCAACGGCAUAUUAAUUUCUUAGUUGGAGCUGUUGCUGAAAAUUUAGGAUAUGUAUCAUCAUAUUUUGUUUUAUCUAGAUUUGGACGACGUAUUCCAAUGACAUUUUAUCAAAUUGCAAAUGGAGUAAUAUUAAUAUUUGUUGGUUUUUCAUAUUUCAUUGAAGAGAGUGAAGUGAAAGGUUAUUCUGUACUUGUAUUAACAAUGCUUGCAAAAGGAUUAACUGUUUCCUCUUUCGGUGGAAUGUUCAUGUAUGCCAGUGAACUAUUUCCAACAAUAUGCCGUGGUUUUGCUUUAGGUUUGUGCUGUUUUGCAGCAAGAGUGGCUAGCCUUUUAGCACCACAAUUUAUGUUUUUGGCCACAAUAAUACCAGCUUAUAUCCCAAUGACAAUAAUAGGACUAUUAGUAUCAGCAACUGGAUUAGCAACAAUAUUAUUACCAGAAACUUUAAAUUCUACAUUACCGAAUACUAUUGAAGAAGCACACGACGUAUGGGAAAAACCAAAUAAACUGUGAUAGUUCCAUUAAUAAAACUCUUAUAAUUGUUAGUAUUAAAAAAAAUGUAGGUAUUAUUAUUAUAGUUAUAUACAUGCAAGUUUUUGCCAUAUACGAAUACAAUAUAUGUAUUACAUAUAUUAUUAUUAUUAUAUAAUUUUUAUAUAUAAAAUGAAUUUAAUUGAAAUAUCAAUAUAACACAUACAAUAUAUGUUUAAUUUAGCAAGUUAUAUUUAGUAGAAUAAAAUUUUUAAGCGUUAAGUGUUUUUAAUAAAACGUAUAUGUAUUCAUAUUUAAUAUAAUAAAAUAUAUACUUAAUUUAUAAUUAAAAAAUAAAACAUAA